AUGUACGUAGUCGGUCCUAUUGUUAGAAAGGAGGACUUGCGGGUCGCACCCAAUUGCAGUCAUUGCUUUGACAGCAAUUGGUUAUAUCUAUUGCAUGUCCUGUUCGUCUUACGUGUGAGACCUAAUAAAUUUUUGGCCCAAUAUCCCAGGGAGGAAAAAAUGGAACAAAAUAUUGUUAAACUACAGACCCGUCUCCAGUUCCUUGAAUCGUUGUACUUAGCACGGAGCGAAGACAUUCUCAAAAUUCAGAACAAGGUCUUCCCGAGAAACAACCGCACCUAUACGGCAGUAAAGCCAACUGAAAGACAUGAUCAAAUCACGGCCGAAAUUGUGAUGAUCUUGAAAAAUAUGACUGGUAUGAAAUCGAGCGCGGGUGUGCAUACGAAGAAUGUACCAGCGAUGCAAAAUUCGUUUAUAUUAAAGUUGCUACCCCACCUCGCGAACAACCCUGGCACUUUGCGGCCAUCUUAUCACUUGAAAUCAAAUCGCCACAGUUCAGAUAUCGUUAUAGCAAUACCGACUGUGAAAAGAGAUAAACAGAGUUAUCUCAUGAUAACCUUAGAGCAUUUGAUCAGCGGCUUACAAGAAAAGGACAAAAAUGACACGCUCAUCGUCGUUUUAGUCGGCGAAACCGAUUUAGAGUACGUCUUAACCCUCGCCAGGGACAUCGAGAUUGAAUUUGAAAAAGAAGUGGAAACUGGCAUGAUUGAAGUUAUAUCUCCGUCUGCGACUUACUAUCCGGAUCUGGACGACUUACCGCUUACUCUUGGUGACUCGUUGAAGCGUGUGAAAUGGCGUACUAAGCAAAAUUUGGACACCAUUUACUUGAUGGCUUACGCUCAAACAAGAGGUACCUACUAUCUUAUGCUUGAGGACGAUGUCAUCGCCAAAGAGAACUACGUGCAGGAAAUCAAACAGUUCGUGAGCGCCACUACGAUAACCACACCGGAUUGGUUUAUUCUGGAGUUUUGCCACGUUGGCGGUAUUGGAAAGCUAUUUAAAUCGUCGGACCUGAUAAACUUUAUAGUAUACGUGCAACUAUUUUACAAAAAUAUGCCAAUUGAUUGGUUAGUCGAGAGCUACCUCGCUGAUCGGGUUUGCACCAUUGACAAAUACUCGAACGCUUGUGGGAAGAAUAAGAUGCAGAUCUGACCCAAAUACAAAUCGUCCUUGUUCCAACAUAUUGGCUUGUACUCAUCUCUUAAAGGAAAAAUACAAAAAGUGAAGGACCCCAAAUAUGGGACCUUGCCAUUGUUUUAUCCUCAUGACAAUCCAAUUCUCAAAUACGUCCGAGUAACGAUCAAAGAAAAAGGCGAAUACACGGUACAGAAUGCAUACGAAGGCAAAUCUUUCUUCUGGGGCCUUCACCCUAAACGGGGUGAAGUUAUCGAGUUCUGGUUCGCAAAGCCAACACGAAUUUCAAGCUAUACGUUUAGAAGCGGCAACGUCCAACACCAAAAUGACAAAUUUUACGACACCGUCGUGGAAGUCUACACGAUGAAGACUAAAAACUUUUUCGUAGUCGAUCAUUUUGAUGAGUUCGGAUUGGCCGACGGAAAACUCGACUAUAAUAUCGGACCUAUAUUGGCUAUUCGACUACGAGUCAACAAGGACAGCCUUUACUGGGUAGUCCUUUCCGAGAUCGAGCUGAAAACUUAUUACAAUAAACAAAAGCAGGAUCUGAUGGAGUCGACUUGGGAUGGAAUGGCUAAGAAUUAUUUGCCGGAUCAAGAGUUUCCAAAGCCGUAUAAAGCUUUGGCAUAAACAUGUCGGCUGAGAAUUUCGUUGUACCGUAUGCCCUUUAAGCUUGAACUUGUACCCUAGCGAUCUGAACUGGCUAAAGUUUUACUUGCAAUAUAAACAAAAAUAAAAAAAAAUAUACAAAAACAUGAUUUGAUGUUAGAAUUAAGGACGAUUAAAAGACACUAUUCUUUGUUAUUUAAAAAGUUUAAGUAUUAGUUAUUUAUAAUAUAUUUUAUUGGUUUAAAAUGUUCACUACGUUUUUUUUUUAUUAAUGAACUAUUUAAUAAAUAAUCAAACGAAUCAUGUUAAGCGCAACAAUUUAUCGUAAUCGAAAAAAAUCUGAGCAUUUAAAAUUACACAUUCAUAAAUAAAAAAAAAAAAAGUGAAAAAUUCACGACCAAAAAUAAUUGUGAUUUACAAUAAGUGUCUAUAGUCUAUAGGAUUUAUUCAUGUUUAGAGGAAACAUAUUAAUUUUUAAAUUAAGAAAUUUAUGUAAUCUUAUAUUAUAAGGAACUAAAUAAGGGUUGCCAUUGUAUAAGGCUUAUUGUUAAUUUAAAAAUAUUUAAUGAAUAAUAACUGAAAGGACCACCGCAUGUUUUGUCAUUUUGUCUAUUUAAUAUAUUGAUAAUGCCUAGGGUAUUCUUAAUAAUUGGAUAAAUAUAUCCACUAUAAUUUUUAAAAAUUAUGUAAAAAAAAAAUAUGUAAAUUUAAAA